AUGGAUUUGAAGAGUGACGAUAAGGGGGUUGUAGUUAAUCCUUUUUUGGGUGAAAAAAGCUCAAUAUUACAAGAAACAAGAUGUUUUAGCGAAGCCCUUUUGAACUCAAAGAAAUGCUGCACAGUUUUAACCAAGGUUUUGAAUAUGAUUAAUAGUGGAGAGAAACUUACUGACCAGGAGUGGUCAGAUUUAUUUUUUGGGAUCACAAGAUUAUUUCAGUCGAAUAAUCAGGAUUUAAGGAGGCUUGUAUACUUGGCAAUAAAGAGUUUAAAAGUGAAUGAGAGUGAAGCAUUUGUAGUUAUAAGUUCUUUAAUUAAGGAUAUGAAUAGCAAUAAUGAUUGUUAUAGAGCAAACUCUCUCAGGGUAAUAAGUAAAAUGGCUGAUGGUACGAUGAUCGGCCAAAUUGAGAGAUAUUUAAAGUCUGCAAUAGUUGAUAAGAACUCUUUUGUUGCAAGUAGUGCAUUGAUGUGUGGCUAUAAUUUAGCAUUAAGAGGUCACGGAGAUAUUCCUAGGCGUUGGUUGAAUGAAAUAAGUGAAUGUAUUCAAGGCAGGGAUGGGAUGGUACAAUACCAUGCAUUGGUACUUUUAUUCGAAUUAAGGAACAAUGAUAGAUUAGCAACGCAAAAGAUUAUAGAGAUGCUCUACAAAUUACCUAUAAAGUCAUUUUACAGUGAUUGCAUAAUGCUCAGGCAAAUGAAGAAUUUGUUCUUUUUACUGAGCAACCAAGAUUCUUCCUGGGAAAACGUAAGCUGGAUAUUGGAUUGUUUCCAUACAAUGCUUAAGAGCAGAAGCGAAAUUGUAUCUUUGGAAGCUUCUAGAGGGAUCUGCGAUAUUUUGAAGUAUUUACACGAGAAAAAGGAUCAAAAAGCGCUUGGAUUUAUUGAUAUAUCACAGAUUUCAAAUGCACUUCAAAUGCUCUUAAAUUCCAAUAUUUCAGUGGCAAAGUUCGCUGCCGUGAGAAUUCUGAAUGACUUAGCCAAUGUGAACCCGAAUAUUGUGUUUAAAUGUCAGCACGAAUUGGAACCUUUACUUAAUGACUCUAACCGAAUCAUGGCAACUUUGGUGCUCACUAUUUUACUAAAAAUAGCUCAAGAAAGCAAUCUAGAUAAGCUUGUCAAGCAGAUCCCUGCAUUUAUUACUGAUAUUAGUGACGGAGGGAAAAAAGACAUUAUCAAAGCCACUAAAAAUCUCAUACUAAAGUAUCCUGCAAAACAUAAGAAUAUCCUCUCAUUCUUAGCAACCAAUUUAAGAGAAGAGGGAAGCCUCGAUUUUAAGUCUUUUGUAAUUGAUACACUAUUCGAUAUUUCCAAAGAAAUUCCUGACAUUCUGGAAAGUAUUCUUUACCAUGCCUGCGAGACUAUAGAGGACUGUGAGUAUCCAGUAAUUACAAUCAGAAUUCUGGGAUUUUUAGGAAAGAAUGUUCCAAAGACCAAUGCUCCCUCUAGAUUUAUUAGGUAUAUUUACAAUAGACUAAUAUUGGAGAGUUCAGCAGUAAGAGCUGCCAGUAUAGAUGCUUUAGUUCAGAUUGCUCUGGUCUGUGGUGAACUUAAAGAAGAUAUUAGAACCCUUCUUCAAGUAUGCUCCCAAGACAAUGAUGAUGAGGUCAGAGAUCGAACAAAUACUUAUACUAUGAUCAUCGAUGACAAUUCAACUUCAGAUUCACUUGAUGAUCAAGAUGAUAAUACAUUUGAUUUAAAUAACUCAAAGCUUUUUGGAGAGCAGCUAAUAUCUAUGGAAACCGACAAAAUUCUCAGUCUUUCCCGUAUCCUCGGUAAAAUUGUUUCCAACGACCCUGAAACUCUUUUGGACUUAGAAUCUAUCCCAAUAGAUCCUGUUGAGUCAAAAACCAAAGGUUCCCAACAAACUUCUAUCACAAGCUCAGUUUCGGCCUCUAUGGAGGCUUUAAAUACUUCUGGAGUUCAAGGAAACUUAAACCGAACAGAAAACUCAUCUGAAAAAGCCUCUCCUGGAGUCAAUAUUUCUCUGAUAUAUGAAAGACUUUCAGACUGCAUUUCAACUGAAGACUUGGGUAGCUAUCUAUUUACUUCAACUUCUGCUCCUUUAACUGAGAGCGAAUCCGAAUACCUGGUUAAUUUAAGGAAACACUUCUUUAAUGAAGGUAAAUUUGUCGUUCUAGAGUUCUUGGUUGCAAAUACUCUAAAUGAUGUUCUUUUAAAAGAUGUAAAUGUUGAGUUUGAGGCUGCUCUUGAUGGAUUUUCGAUUUUGGCAAGCGUCCCUAUUCCUAGAUUAGACCCUGGACAAGCUGAGUCUAUUUUUGUACUUACUCAGAAUUCCACCCAAGAUCAUUUCCCUAAUGUAUCAAAUGUUGUCCCAUGUAAAUUGGACUAUUUAUAUUGCGAGGAUGGAGACGAAGACUGCGGAUAUAAUGAUAUAUUUACUAUUGACCCAGUAACUCUUUCUCAUUCUGACUGUAUAGUACCCAACUAUUUAAGACAGGGAGAGUUCAAAAACAUUUGGAGUAUUUUGGAAACCAACGGAAUUGAACAUAUCGCCAAGUUUUCAUUUUCGUACAAGAACAUUUCAUCAGCUGUUAAUGGACUUUUGGCUUUAGUUAACGCAGCUGCAUGUGAUAACACAGAAAAUGUUAACCCAGAAGCUUCCAACCACACUCUAUUAUUUUCUGGGACUUAUUUUGCAAAAACUCCCUUUUUAUGUACUGCAAUAAUUGUGAAUAAUGUUGAACUUGGUUGCCUUGUUAAGAUUACCUGCAGAUCCAACUCAGAAUCAGUCUGUUUGGAUGUGAUCAAGUGUUUUGAAGCAGCUUAG